AUGCAUCUGCUAUUCUCCGCGUAUUUUGCCGUUUUCACAGUGUUCACUGCGUAUGUUUCGAUUCCCGGAAUCGUUCACAAUGCCACUUACCAACAUGACCAAAAAACAAUAACAUGGGAAAAGUGCAAGAAUAUCUGUGAUACGUAUCCAGCUUGUCAGGUAAUGAAAUUCUUGAAUCUGACUUGAUUUUCAGAAUAUCUGAUGGGUCACGAGUUAAAAUUUUUGUAGGCAUAUUACCAUGUCAAUACGACGAGUCAUUGUAUCACAUAUGAUUAUAAUCAACUGGAAUCAUUUGAUCAACUCGAUCAAUAUCCUCCAACUCAAAUCUGGACUUUCAAGGUUUGUCUACAUUCAAAAUGAAAUAAAAAUGCACAAUGAACACAAACUUAUGUUAACUUUGAAGCUAUGACGUGGCAAAAUUUAAAAAUCACCAGGAUACCUUCCAGAAAAUCUCAUACGAAAUUUGAAACGGUUUUCAUUUCAGACAAAUAUCACAACUUGCUCGUAUUAUAUGCCAACAGUUUUCUAUACAACCUACACAAAUGAAACGAAUAACAUAUCUGCAAACUACAUUUACACCAAAAAUGGAACUCUUUGGACAACCAAAAAAAUUUAA